GGCGGUAGCUGCGGGCUCUGGGGAGAAUCGCGGCGUGGCGCGGCGCGGCGCGGCGCGACGCGACGCGGCUGGCGUCGGGCAGUGAAGGGCUCUGCGCAGCCAUGUUCGUGGCGCGCAGCAUCGCGGCGGACCACAAGGAUCUCAUCCACGAUGUCUCCUUCGACUUCCACGGGCGGCGCAUGGCCACCUGCUCCAGCGACCAGAGCGUGAAGGUGCGGCGGCGUCUGCGGGAGGCCGAAGUGGGAAGCGGGAGGCGACCGCGCAAACGGGGCGCGUCGGACGGACUUGAGCGCGCGCUGCAGCCGGAGUCCGGGAGUCCAGGCAGGCGCGCAGUCCGGACCCCCGCCCCACCCCGCCGAGGGACCUCCGCCCGGCGCCCAUUGUGGGGUCACGGGCGCAGGGCCGUGCUCCACGCCUGCGCCGUGCGGAAGAGCCCUGCGCUGCGGCCGGGGCGUGCGCCUGCGCGGCCUGGUGGCGCGGGCCGCACCUUGGGUGGGUGCUUCUUAACCCGGGCGUCGCCGCCCCCCGCGCUGCCCCUUCCCUGUGCCUGUCACCCGGGCUCAGGUUUCCCGUCUGCGGCCCGGGGAAUGCGUGCUUCUGUAGGGCCUGUGACGCCUGACCCGCCUGUGAAGAGGACAACGCUGGUUGAUAGCAGAACAUCUGUUACUGAUGUGAAGUUUGCUCCCAAGCACAUGGGCCUCAUGUUGGCCACCUGCUCAGCGGAUGGAAUAGUCAGAAUCUACGAGGCACCCGAUGUCAUGAACCUCAGUCAGUGGUCCCUACAGCAUGAGAUCUCUUGUAAACUAAGCUGCAGCUGCAUUUCUUGGAAUCCUUCAAGCUCUCGUGCUCAUGCACCCAUGAUCGCUGUUGGAAGUGAUGAUAGUAGCCCAAAUGCUAUGGCCAAGGUCCAGAUUUUUGAAUACAAUGAAAACAUCAGGAAAUAUGCAAAAGCUGAGACUCUCCUGACAGUCACCGACCCAGUUCAUGAUAUUGCUUUUGCGCCAAACUUGGGACGGUCUUUCCAUACAUUGGCAGUUGCAACCAAAGAUGUGAGAAUUUUCACAUUAAAGCCCAUGAGGAAAGAACUUACUUCCUCAGGUGGGCCAACAAAAUUUGAAAUCCAUAUUGUGGCUCAAUUUGAUAACCACAACUCCCAGGUCUGGCGAGUGAGUUGGAACAUAACAGGAACAGUGCUAGCAUCUUCAGGAGAUGAUGGCUGUGUCAGAUUGUGGAAAGCUAAUUACAUGGACAAUUGGAAGUGCACUGGGAUUCUGAAAGGUAAUGGGAGCCCAGUCAGUGGGAGCUCUCAGCAGGGAAACUCAAGUCCUUCCCUAGGUUCAAACAUUCCAAACCUUCACAGCUCGUUAAAUGGAUCUUCUGCUGGCAGGUAUUUCUUUCCCCCUCUGGACUCCCCACGGGCUGGAUCGCGAUGGUCCAGUUAUACCCAGCUCCUUCCUCCUCCUCCUCCUCCUCCUCCGCUAGAGCACUCUUGCGAUGCUGACACUGCCGGCCUCCAGUAUCCUCACCCUCGCAGACGAUACCUCUCUCGGCCUCUUAAUCCCCUACCUGAGAACGAAGGGGUUUAAAACACCUAUCUGACACCUAAAGGCCUUAUGCAGUGCUUGUAAAUGCUUCAUUCCUGGCUGCUUUUUAUUUAUUUUUUUUCUCAUUUUCUUUCAGAAGACUUUUUUUAUUUAGGGUCUGUCUUGCAUGUAUUAUAACGAGAACAGUGUUUUUGGAUCAUAAACUUGUUUUUGCGUCUACAUCAAAGGAACAAUGGCUUCCCUGGCUGAUAACCUUUGAUGAGAGGAGAUGCAUACAAGUAAUAUUUAAUGUGAAAGUUGCACAAUAGCUGACUUGAGUGCCUGUUGUGUAAAUUUCAUUUUGCACUGUUGCCAUAGUCUUAAGUUUCUUCUGCUUCCUCAUACUGGUUAAUAUGAAAACAUCAUGGAAUUCACUCUGCCUUCCAGACACAGAAAUGUUUUUUACUUUUAUAGGUGAUUGUUACAAGUGACUGGUAUGUAAGAUCAUUCCUGUGUAUAAAGCAGCAAAAC